CCCUCUUUCUGUCCCUCUUCCCCUUCUUUUCUCCUUGCCUGAUCAGAAAGCACAAGGGAGCUGACAGCCUCACCAUGGAUCCCAAGGAGGUCAGCAAGGGUGAAAAAGAGAAGGAAAAAGAGAAGGAGAAAGUGAUAAAGAGGAGGAACAGGCCUGUGUUCCUGCGCUACUUGGAGAGGAGAAAGACGGACACUAUUGUGGCUGAUGACAUGGCCAAAGGUGACAUCAACCUGGGGACGCUGGUGAGGAGGAGUCAGUCUGACAAGACGGAGUACAGCGCUAAACUUAAAGAGAAAAUGACACCACAUGACUUGUCAACUCCCCCCUCCCCUGCACUGGACCCAGAGGAGAUCCGUUUGAGGAAGAUGAACCGUAGGGCAAAGGUCAUUCAGGAGCUUAUGCAGACAGAAAAGGACUACCUCACUGACCUGGAACUGUGCAUCAGAGAGGUGGUUCAGCCUCUGAGAAACAUGCAGGUAGAUGAUAUAGAUCGGCUGUUCACCAACAUGGAGACAGUGUGUGAAGUAUCUGCCGCACUCCUCCAAAGACUGCAGGAGGCCAUGGCUGACCCUGAUCCAGAAGCAGUUGUUAUAGGAGAAGUAUUCAUCCAGGCGAAGGCAGCUUUAGAAGACGUAUAUAAGAUUUAUUGUUACCAUCAUGACGAUGCCAAUAUGUCACUCAAAUCCUAUGAAAAAGAGGAAGAAAUAAAGCAACAUUUCACCACGUGUGUAUUAGCACUGAAGUAA